AACGCAAGCUGGGGAAAACACUCGGCACCAUUACACAGAGGCAACGCACAGCUGACUGAGGCAGACACACACACACACACAUAAACAGACAGACAGAGAGAGAGAGAGAGAGGAAAGAGAGAGAGAGAGAGAAAGGAGAGAGGCAAGCCUGGGAGAGGAAGGACAGGAGACGUGGAGCCGUGUCUGAAAGGCGCUGCAGCAGCGGCGGCGGCGUUAGGAGCCCUGAGCAGAUGGUGUAGAGCAGAGACAGGGCAGGCAGUGGCAACACACAAUGCCAGCCACAGCUUGAGGAGGGGGGCUGCACGGAGCUCAGUGCCUGCUGCCGUCAUCAUCUCGCCCGCCGUGCUGUGCCAUCCCCUCAGCCCCCUUUUGUUUUCCAGCGCUGGCAAACAAGGUCAGGAUUUCUACCGUGAGCACUGGGAGAUAUAGAGGGAGAGAGAGAGAGAGAGGGAGAGAGAGAAAGAGAGAGAGGGAGGGGGGGAGAGGAAGGAAAGAGAGUGACAUACGUGGAAAAGGCUUUUCCUGGAUUGGAGCGAGAGAGAGCGACAGAGGGAGAGAGGAAAAGAGAGCGAGAAAAAAGAAAGAAAAUAAAGCAGGAGGUGGAGGAUUGAAACUGUGAAGGGAGGGGAGGGAGGAGGAAGGCUUGUGACUAUGUUUUGAAGGUAGACAAAAGCAAAACAGCCACAAGGUUCUUGGAAAAACACUUGUUAUGAGGGGGGAAGAUUUGGAGAACUGACUUUGUCAUUGUGGUCUCUCGGUUCUGGAUGAUUUGAAACUGUGAUCUGCUCUAAAGCCAAAGGACCAGAAGGUAACGUCUAUUAGGAAACCACUGUUGUUAUUCUGCUGUUGACGUCAACGACUGUGUGGAGCUCCUUGGUGUUACCCUAGUCUGCCUCACGACUCGGAGACCUCCUACAUCUGUGUUUUGAAUCUCUCUCUCUCUCUCUCUCUCUCUCUCUCUCUCGUGCUCUCUCUCUAUUUUUCUCCCCCGCCUUUCACGAGUACACCGUCGAGCACAAAAACAGGGCAAAGUCAAAACAAUGUUGAGUAUUGAUUUACCUCAUUCUCGCGUUCUGCUUUCUACGAGAAAUGCCCGCAUGUGUUGAUGCCUUCUGGUUCACUGUGGCAGUGUUGACACCAGCGCCUGACAAUGAGUGACUCAUGCGUGUAAAUGUUUCAUCGGAGGAGAGGAGUGGAAAGCGACUAGCGAGAGCGACUGGCAUGCCCAGCCGAGGCCCUGGCCUGUGCCUUGGUACACUGAAGAAUUAAGUCCAGAUUUCAGCCUGGAGUCCACAUAUCUAAGCUAGACCCCCCAGGGCUGGAAAGUUGGCCCUGCCAUCUGAACUUGGACUUUGGAAGGUGGUUCUGCGUGAGAAAGGGAGGGACCCCCUGAGACAAGCUCACCCCCACUUCAUCACUCUCUUUUGGGACACUUUGUAUUGACUUACCCACUUCCUCUGACAGUGGACUUGGUGGAGGUGAUCACCAGGGGCAUCUGUUUCAUGCACCCAGUCCUGUGGUGUAACGGAUGUGUGUGUGGCCCAGGACUGCAAAUCAUCGACCCGUUCUGCAAGAUGACCUCUGAGGGGGAGAUCUAUCACCUCCCCCUCAACGUCUACGUCAUUAUCCUGGGCAUCGGCCUCUUCAUCUUCCUGCUCAGCAUGAUCUUCUGCUGCUACCUGUUCAGGUGGGACCCUCCCUCUUGCCACCUGGGCUGGUUGAGGCGGCAAGGCACAAGAGAACAAUAUGGAUACAAUGAGGUGGUUCUGAAAGGAGCCAGCAAGAAACUGAGUCUUCUUGGACAAACCUGUGCAGUGUGUUUGGAGGAAUUCAGGAGUCGAGAUGAGCUUGGAGUGUGUCCUUGCUCACAUGCUUUUCACAAAAAGUGUUUGGUGAAGUGGCUGGAGAUCCGCAGUGUCUGCCCCAUGUGCAACAAACCCAUCUGCCGGCUCCAGCCAGACCCCCCUCAGGGUGCGGAGGGGCCGCAGGGCCUCCUGGAGGUGUGAGAGAGAGAGAGGCCCCCGACGCUGCGGCCCCAGGCACCCACCAACACACCGCCUCAAGUGUCCUCUUUCCGAGAGAGUGAGAGGGAAGAGAAGAUGGAGAGAAGAAGAGAAAGAGAGAGGGGGGAGAGAGAGAAAGAAAAAGAAUAACACAACACUUCACUGAGAGAUAACAAAGUCCUCUCUGUACCUGACCACCAACACAAACACACACCCUCCGUCCUCUAUAGUCUCCUCCUCACACCCACCUACACACACACACACACACACACACACACAUAUACAUCACACACGCACACACACUUAUACAGACAAACACACCCACCGAUAUACAUGCACUUAUUAAAUGGACUUGGGUUGCCUGGUAACUGACAUAAACACUAAGACAGAAGAAGGAGGUGACAGGAGAAUAUGUGUGUGGCCUAAUCUGAGACGCUUGUGUAACAGACUUUCUAUAUGUGGGAGGGUGAUAGGCUGAUGUUGGUAACCACUUGAGAGUCGUGUUUGUGUCCUGUGGCUCCAAUGGCUUGUACAGUGCCUGGAGAAAUGGAAAUCGACACUGCCCAACAUAAAGGUAACAGUAAGAUCCCCCAUCGACGGUUUCACGUGUUGGUGAAAACCUGCCACUAGCUAUCAUAAGACACAGGUUUGAAGUUAAACAACCAAACCCUGUCACAGAUAUACUGAAAACAAGUAUGUAUUUCAGCUGUGUCUGGUUCUGGUUUUGGAGAGCCACCUCACCAGUUGGUUUUCCCCAUACUUGUAGAGAUGAGCAAGAAAUUAGAUGAAAUGAGUCUCAGUAAAGCACAACUAACCACUUCCUGCCCAGUGGAAGCAAAGAUGGUGGAAUAAACGACCCAAGGUGGCCCUGCGAGACCAAGACCGACAGCAAUUUUAGAUAGUGUUUAAGUUAUUUCUAAGUAGUUAUUUUGUAUUAUUAUUAUUAUUAUUAUCAUCAUUAUUAUUAUUGGCUUUCAAUAAAGUGUAAUGUUUCCGUGAAAAAGAUCCAGUUGUGUUCUGUCUAGUGUAAAC